AUGCUGUAUAAUGAAGAAGAAGAUGACAUCAUGGCUAUUCUUCAAGAACAUAAUGAAGAAAUUGCUCAGAAAAGAAGAUUGGCAAAACAGAAGGCUAAAGCAAGACGAAGCACGCCAAAAAUUCACAAAAAGGUGGACUUUAAGAAGAUAGAUGACAUGGUGGGCAAUGGGGAUUAUGAUGGAAUAGUGGAAGCAAGAAGGCGGGCGCUAGUUGUAUUCUAUGAGAAAUGGUAUGUGAGGAAAGAACUACAUUGGAAUCAGAUGUCGAGGUCUAGGCAUGCGAGGAACAUGGAUAGAAAUACGAGAUACUUCCACAACUUAGCUUCUGCGAGAAGGGGGAAUAAUAGGAUCGAUGCUUUUAUUAUUAAUGGAAGAUUAAUAAGAAAUCAAGUUAGGAUUAAGAUUGUCGUUAUAGAAUUUUAUAAGAAUUUAUAUCAUCAAAAGAAGUCUCUUAUGGUGGGUUUCAGAGAUGGUCUAGUGAAAAUGAUCAGUGAGGAUGAUGCUUUCACUUUAGAGUUGCUACCGACACCUCGAGAGGUUAGAGAGGCCGUUUGGGAUUAUGAUUCAUUCAAGACUCCAAGUAGUGAUGGCUACAACAUAAACUUUAUUAAAAAGUGUUGGGAUGAAAUUAGUGCUGAAUUCACCGUAGUGGUACUGGGCUUUUUCCAAUCCUCCAAGCUACCGACAGAUGCUACUGUCACUUGGGUGGCGUUGGUCCCCAAGUUUAUCGGGGUUAAGGAAAUCAAAGACUUUCGAUCGAUUAGAAUGAUGGGGUGUGUGUAUAAGGUAAUCUCGAAGGUGCUGGUUAGGAGUAUGUAA